AUGUCUUCCAACCCUCCCAUCUACUCCGCCAACCAGUUCAUGAACCCUGGCCCCGCCCCGAAACCGCCGACCGACCGCCCUCGCUUGGCCCUCACCCCCUCCGUCAACAAUGUCCCCGGAAACAUGCCCGGCCUGGGCUCGCAGAACUCCGCGAACAGUUCCACCGUCUCCCUCAACCGAUCGCAUACCGACAAGAGCAUCAUCAGCGCCUACGCCGUGGUCAAGGACGGGCCCGCUAAGGUCAAAGAUGAAUCCAGUGCGAUCAAGGGCUUUUUCUGGUCGGACAAGUACCUGACGUUGCGGGAAUAUCAACUGGAGUUCUACAAGAACCAAUCGUCCUCAAAAACCCAAUUCUCCAUCAUGCUCAAGGAUGUCACCAACAUCACGAGAUCCGACGUACACCCGUACUCGUUCGAGAUCACCCGGGCGACGGGCGGCAGCGGCGGCGCAUCACCGCCACGAGACGGGCCAACGCGCGUGAUCAUCUGCAAAGUGGAGACGGACGACGACGUGUACUCGUGGAUCGACUCCAUCUACCAACGAUGCCCGAGCAUGGCCGUGGUCAGCAACCCCACAAACUUCAGCCACCGCGUGCACGUCGGCUUCGACCCCACCAGCGGCGCGUUCACGGGCCUGCCGCCCGAAUGGGCGAAGCUACUGUCCGCGUCGGCCAUCACGAAGGAGGAUUACGAGAAGAACCCGGGCGCCGUCAUGGAGGCGUUGCACUUCUACACCGAGACCCUGACGAAGCGUGCGGAAGAUCCCGUGGCGUACCCGCAGUUGAUGCCCACCCCCCCUCCUGAGUCCAACAAGCGUCUGGAAUACUCAGGGGGAAGCUCCAUCGCUCCACCUCGCCCCGCGCCCCCUCCCAACGCCUUCAAACGGCAAGACAGCUAUCCCAUCCGCAACGCGAGCCCUCAAUCCGCUGCGCCGUACUCUCCGGUCAACGAGCGCGGGCCGUAUGGGCAGCAGCAACGGGAUUACGGCCGGGAAGAUGAAGAGCGCGAACGUCGACGCCGCAUGGAAGAGGAACAGUACCGACGCCGCGAGCAAGAACAGCGGGAGCGCGAACGGGAACGGGAGCGCGAACGACGUGAGCGUGAAGAGCAGGAUGCCUACAAUGCGUCCCUUCCGAAAACCCGUGCGCCCAUGGCGAAGCAGGAACUGGGCGGCUACGGCGGCGACCCGCGCGACGCGCAGUCAUCGACUCAACAGCGCUACAACGCACAACGACCCGCCCCCUCGGCCCCCGGUGCCGGCCGAGGCGAGCGCCAGCACCAGCAGCCGCCGGGCUCGCUCCGCCAGAUGACGGCGCAACGCGCCGCGCCGUCCGCCCCCGGCUCGCAGAACGGCGGGAAAGGGUACGGGCAGCCGCAGUCGAAGCUUCCCGUCAACGGGCAGCGGCAGGGGAGUCCGAGCACGCGGCAACAGACCGGACCGAACGGACAACCAAUGACGCGGAUCCCGACCACGGGCCAGAACGGCCAACAGCAAGGCUCCAGCCAACAAACGCGCAUCCCGGGGGUCUCGGCGCCGAAACCGCUCAACGUGCCGACGAAAGCGCCCACCGGCGCGCCGGGCCAGGACGGGGUGAAGAAAGCCGAGGCGGCGCUCACGCGCAAGGAGGACCCGCCGUCGCGGAAAGACCAGCGCAUGAGCAGCAUGACUGAGAGCGAGGUGAUGGCGAAGCUACGGGAGGUGGUGUCGAAGGAGCGGCCGCUGGACUCGUACAACAAGCAGAAGAAGAUCGGGCAGGGGGCAUCCGGGUCGGUGUACGUGGCGCGGAUCCGCGAGAGCGCGACGUCGCCGAUCGCACGGCGGCUGCUGCGCGACCACGGGCUCAAGGCACAGGUGGCGAUCAAGCAGAUGGACCUGCGCAACCAGCCGCGGAAGGAGCUGAUCGUCAACGAGAUCAUCGUGAUGAAGGAUAGCAAGCAUCCGAACAUUGUGAAUUUCCUGGACGCGUUUCUGCAGGAGGAGAGUUCGGAGUUGUGGGUAGUGAUGGAGUUCAUGGAGGGGGGCGCGCUGACGGACGUGAUCGACAACAACCCGACCAUCAGCGAGGAUCAGAUUGCGACGGUGUGCUUGGAGACAUGCAAGGGCCUCGAGCACCUGCACUCGCAGAACAUCAUCCAUCGCGACAUCAAGAGCGACAAUGUCCUCCUCGACGCCCGCGGCAACGUCAAGAUCACCGACUUCGGCUUCUGCGCCAAACUCACCGAGCAACGCAGCAAGCGCGCCACCAUGGUCGGCACCCCCUACUGGAUGGCCCCUGAAGUCGUCAAGCAGAAAGAAUACGGCAGCAAAGUCGACAUCUGGUCGCUCGGGAUCAUGGCGAUCGAGAUGAUCGAGUCGGAGCCGCCGUACCUCAACGAAGAGCCCCUGAAAGCCCUCUACCUCAUCGCAACCCACGGCACCCCCCGGCUCAAGAAACCCGAGAAGCUUAGCAAGGAGCUGAAGUCGUUCCUGAGCGUGUGCCUGUGCGUGGACGUCAAGAGCCGGGCGACGGCGACGGAGUUGAUGGGACAUGAUUUCUUGAAGGGGGGGUGCAGUUUGGCGAGCUUGGCGCAACUGUUGGCAUUUCGGCAGAAGAGCCAUUGA